ACAAUCUUUCCUCCUUUGAUGGUCAGGAAGAUGGAUCUGCAGUCGAUAGUCCCGUCUCGUCAUCCUCGUCGCGGGAACCGUCUCUAGAUGUUUCAGCAGAUGAUGGCAUGGAUGUGGAGUCUGCGAACCCACCCAUGGAGGCCGUCAUACUUUCAGAGGAGUCUGUUCCGCGACGUACUUUAAGGAAACGAGUUACGACGAGCAAGGGAUCACCGCUGCGAUUCAAGCCCGCUUCCGUUUCUGCCAUCACAGCACGUCAUGGGACUACUUCCGAAGACAAUCUCAAGAAGAAAGCAUAUAAACAAGCAUUUUUACAAUCUGCCGCCCGUGCUCAAAGCGAGAGAGAAAUUAGAGUGCGGGAACUGAAGAAACGCGCGUUGGCAAUCACAUCUACCGGAAAGACUCCCGCAACCUCACGCCAACGCCUCGUAAUGCAGAUGGUUUAUGAUGAGAUCACCCCAUACCCUGACGAAGCUUGGGUAUCCCAGCUAGGGGUCAUCAUAAACAGGGAAUAUCACCAAGUUAAGAACUGGUUUUCCAAUCAACGGCAGAAAGACGCUAGAGAUUCGCGGCAACACACACCUCAGCCCGCUGCUCCUGCCAGUCUCGAGGCAUCUUUAUGCAAGAUUACAUGCGACGGACGUGAUUUGCGCUUGCGCACUGCUGCACUGAAUUCAUGCAGGGCAGAAGAUUGGUCCGAUACCUUCUUUGAUGAAGUGGUCAUGAUUUACAAUUUCCGUCUUCUUGCAAAGCACAGUCAAGAAGAAGCAAUGGCAGCUCUCGUUGAAUCUGAGCCUGAUGUGGCUAUACCCUCAUAGCCUACCACCGUCUAUUACCUUUCAUCUCAUCUCAUCCCUCACUCUUACUGUAUGCAGCUGUAGUACUCAGACGCUUUCUGUACAUUCUAAUCGU